AUGUUCAUUCUGUUCUUACUCAUUAUAACAGCUGAGAUUGUGAAAAAAAGGAAGGCGGAUGAAGAUGAGCUCUCGGGUGCUGAACGCGAGUGUGAACCACGAAAGCAAUGUUUGGCAGAGGCAUUAGAGACAGAGCAGCAAGCACUCAAUUUGCUCUGCCAUCGUCCCCUGACACACUGUGGUCGUCAAAUUACCUGGUAUCAUCAAGCUUUCUGGAACUUUGUAAGACACAGCACAGAUCAGAACAUUCAGCUGUCCAAAAUUUCCUAUGAUGCAAGUGUUGAACUAUGUGAGGUCAUGGCAAAGAUGUACAAGGGAGGGAAUGAUCAAUGUCAAGUGCUUGAAUCUGUGCUAUUGCAGGAGUUUGAGCUGGAGUUCGCAGAAUUCACCUUAAGCAACCAAUCUAGACCUGAUGGAAUCACAAUAAUCAUUUGUGAGAGCAAGAACGAGAUUGAGGGUUCAACAAUGAUCCAUAUCUCCAGGCAACGUGCUCAUACUCUAAAUUCUGGAGCCAGCCAAGGCUCAAUGCUUUACGGACAAAGAGCAACUGUCCUUCAAUGCUGUUCUGCUCAGCUGGACCAUGAUUUUGCAUAUGCAGAGCAGUGUUCCUUGAUACAUAAUACAAUAAUGGAGGCACUCAAAACUGCUUAUAAUGACCUUGCUGAGUACUACAAUGCAUUAGGGCAAUCAGAACAAAUGCUUGCAGAGGAUAUUGAUACACAGCGAUUCUAUCCUGACAUUAGGAGGUUCAAGGAUGUUAAUGGUAAGGAUUGCACCAAGCCUUACCAGGGCCAAACAGAGGAUGGUCAAGAAAUUGUUGUGAAGUUCACAAUGCAGUACAAUGAGGCUGCUCAUGAACUGUGUGCUAAAGAUAACCUGGCUCCAAAGCUGCUUGGUGUUGAAGAAGUCUCUAAGGGAUUGAAGGUGAUCAUUAUGGAAUAUGUUCAGAACACCACUAAGGCAUGUGCUGAGAAGAGGUACAAUGUGCCAUGGCUUGACAUGCGUUUUGCAUUUUUCACGUCACUCGAAUGA